CAAAACGCUGGCGACACAAUCUCUUCGGAAGCUGGCGAUUCAGCGCGCUACUAGUGUUGCAAUAUCCUGCAAUGCUGCUUAUUUGCUCUUCUUUUGGAAACAAAGUGGCGUCUUUGGUCAUUUUCACAUCAUGCGUACUAAUCAGCGCUGCUGUCGGGGAUUUGAAGGAAGCCGGCUCGCCGGUCCAGGGGGAUGAUGAGCACAGUCAGAAAAGACCCCUUGACCUGAGUGAGGUCGUGUUUGUUAUCCAGAGUCAGAAGAACUCCUUCCAUGUGCAGCGGGCGGAGGCACGCAGGAGCGAGCUGCUUCUGCAGGCUGCGGAUCUCACACAGAAGCCUCCUGCUGUACUGCUCCUGCACAGCCUGUCAGACAAUGAAGGAGACUGGAGCAUUCUCCCCUUACUGCCUUAUUUCUCCGCCAACUUUGGGAAGAACUCCUCCUGGAUGAUGUUCCUUGAAGAGGAAACCAACGUGAAGGUUGCCAGCCUACUUCAGAUGCUUCAGAGAUUUGACAGGGGGAAAGAGUGGUUCCUGGGGAAGCCGCUGUACGACAGGGAGUCCACCAUCAUUCACCACUACGCCUUCGCCGACAACCCCUCCGUCUUCAAGUACCCCGACUUCGCCGCAGCUUGGGCCCUGAGCAUUCCGCUCGUCCGACGGCUCGCAAAGAGAGUGAGAGAGGAACAGCUCAAAUCCGAUUUUACCAUCGACCUGAAGCACGAGAUCUCGCUGUACAUCUGGGCCGAAGGGGCGGGGCCUCGCCUGACGGCCGUGCCUGAGCUCUGCACUGAGCUGGAGGGCUCUCCCCGCGCACGGCACUGCGUGACUACACUGAGCACCUACCUGCCCCUGUGUGGGGAUCCAGUAAAGAAAGAGGACAUCUUCGUUGCUGUGAAGACAUGCAAGAAGUUCCAUGAAGAGCGAGUCCCGGUGGUGAAGAGGACCUGGGAGAGACACGCGGCUCUGCUGGAAUACUACAGCGAUUACGCAGACCCCUCCAUACCCACCAUCGACCUGGGAGUGCCCAACACCGAGAGAGGGCAUUGUGGGAAAACCUUUGCCAUCCUGGAGAGAUUUGUGAGCGAAGCCGUGCCUCAUACCGAUUGGCUGCUGAUUGUGGAUGACGACACCCUGAUCAGUCUUCCCAGACUGCAGGCCCUGUUGGGCUGUUACGAGCCCAGUGAGCCAGUUUGCCUGGGGGAGCGAUACGGAUAUGGACUGGGCCAAGGUGGCUACAGCUACAUCACCGGUGGAGGAGGGAUGGUGUUCAGCCGCGCCGCGGUUACCAGGCUGCUGGGCAGCGGCUGUAAGUGCUACAGCAACGACGCCCCCGACGACAUGGUCCUGGGGAUGUGCCUCAACGCCCUGGGGCUCCCGGUCACCCACAGCCCCCUUUUCCACCAGGCGAGGCCAGAGGACUAUUCUCCAGACCUGCUGGCUCAUCAGGUUCCGGUCUCGUUCCACAAGCACUGGAACGUCGACCCGGUCGCCGUCUUCGGCCGGUGGCUGGCGGACGACACGGAGGACGACACGGAGGACGCGGGCGCCGACGGGCCGCACAGAGGAGGGGCCAGAGAGGAGCUGUAGUCACCGCGCGGGGCUGCUUAGGACCGCUUAGGACUGGGCCCGGUUUGCCUGAGGUGUGUGUGGUGUGAGGUGUUCUGUGAGUGUAAACAAUGCCGUUUGUGUAACGUGUCAAAUGCUUUGCCUUGAGAGAAAGAGAGAGAGAGAGAGAGAGAGUGAGUGUGUGAGAGAGAGUCUGAGAGAGAGACUCUGUGUGUGUGUGUGUGUGUGUGAGAGAGAGAGAGAGAGAGAGAGUGUGUGUGAGAGAGGAGUGAGA